AUGUCCCACUGGAAGGAGGCCACGCUGGAGAGAUCAUAUCUCUCAGCUGGUCUGCAACGCCUUGGCAUUCCCCUUGACAAGCUAGAGGGAGGUUGCUCUGGAUUUUACUUUACAGCUCUCCAGGUGAUUGGUGGAAGUGUGACAGUGGUUCAAGGAGGCACUGCUAUCCUACCAUGCCAUGUCACUGGUACCAAUGAUGACCUGACACAGAUUACCUGGCAGAGGAGGACGAGAGAAAAACCUCACAAUGACAAUUUCCUAACUAUCUUGCCCAGAGAGGGACAACAGUUUGUCAAUGGAGAUGAUGAUCGAUUUAAAUAUAUCGGGAAUUUUAAUCAAAAAAAUGGAACACUCCAAUUAGCUGAUGUUACUCUGAAGGAUGAAGGCAGAUACACGUGCAUCUUUACGUUGUUUCCCAGUGGAAAUCAGAAGACUGAGAUACUUCUAAUAGUGAUUGUGCCUCCUUUCGCAAGUGUCAAGUACAAUCUUCCCACUUUGGGCACAGAAGAGGUUUUAUUUGCUACCUGCACGGCUGCUGGAUCGAAGCCUCCUGCAGAGGUGAGGUGGCUCACUGGUGCUUUGGGAGACAAAGUGAGGAUGACAACAAACUCCACCCAGUAUGACAACGAUACAACUACCACAGUCAGCUCUCUGUUUGGUGUACCUACGAGAGAGAUUAACGGUCACCAGGUCCAGUGCGUCAUCAGCAGUGACGCCAUGUCUAAAGAAGAAACCCUGCCCUUCAGCAUACAGAUCUACUUCUCUCCCACAGAAGUGAACAUUAGAGCAAUUUCAGAGAACUCAUUUGAGUGUGUGACAGAAGCCAACCCAAGCGCAAACUUUACCCGGAGCAGGUAA